AUGCCUUCCGAAGGAGGCGACGACCGGCUGGAGAGGCCGGCUGGCUCGGAGUCAAGCCCGCGACCCAAAGACCAGCCCCGAUCGCCGGCGGACGUCAGCCUCAUCGACACUCUCGUGCGGGCCUUGCAGAGGGUCAAGAUAAAACCGGAGGAUGAAUACAGGGAAGUCCUUNUUUAUCAAGGAGCAGGUCAAGAUCAAAUUGAUGAAGCAGCAGCAGCAGAGCGCCCCGCAGCACAGAGCGAGGGCAUGCCUUCCGAAGGAGGCGACGACCGGCUGGAGAGGCCGGCUGGCUCGGAGUCAAGCCCGCGACCCAAAGACCAGCCCCGAUCGCCGGCGGACGUCAGCCUCAUCGACACUCUCGUGCGGGCCUUGCAGAGGGUCAAGAUAAAACCGGAGGAUGAAUACAGGGAAGUCCUUACCCCUAAAGAAACAAUACGUAUUAGCGCAGUACUUCGCCAGAAACUAGAAGCGUACGGUUGGGUGCAAUCCGAUCAUGAUGCUAACGUCCACUAUGUACGCAACCUUCUCCCGAUCGAUUUCAACGUGCAGAGGAGCGUGUUGUUGGCACAUUCGGAGGUCAAGACGGAAUUGGUAGAGAAGGUGAUUCUGACUGCCUGGGCGGAGACGGAGGCCGCUAAGAAGAGGGCGUCGGAGAGCGUGGGGCCGUAUGCCCUCGUCACUGGCGGUGACAACCGUGGUGGCGGGCGCGGGAACAUGGGGGAGAGCGGGAAGACGAGAAGACAACGGAGGACGGCAGCGUGGCAACAGCAGCAACAACCGCAGCAGCCACAGCAGCAGCAUCAGCCGUUCUUCAAGCAGCAGCAACAGGUGCGAGCUACGGCGGAAGGCACAGGCCCCAGCAUGGGGGCCGGGGCUGUUCUGGAGGAGGACGUCAUCAGCAGCAGCCGACAGGAGGAAGAUUCGGGGGGCGUGGCGCCGCUUCCGGUGGGAGGGGCACGGGCCCUUUUCACCAGGAACCGCCGGGCAGCAACCUCCCCGCCUACCCUGUAA